AUGUUUUCGUUGGGAAGAAUUAAGUUUGUUAAAAAGGUAAGAGAAAAAAUACCUUACGGAGUGAAGCAAAGUCAGAGUUAUAAAGACGCAAAAAAACAAGAAAGGUUAUCAGUAGAAGCAAGCAGGAAAUUAAAAGAAAGUCGAGGUAUGUUACUAGAUGAAAGAAAAAGUCUAUUCAUGUCCUUAAGAAGAAAUAGUGAUAUUAAUUGGUAUAGAGCAGGUCAAAUAUUAAAGCAUUUAGAAAUUCAUCAGAGGGCAAAACCUGAAAUUACGCCCAAGCUUAGAGAGAAAAUUACAAAUAUUGCCAAUUUUGUAAAAAAAGGCAAGUAG